UAUGUUCCGCAGCUCUGCUGGGUGCGGUGAGGGACGUCUAUCUUGGUGGGCCUCCCUUGGAGAAGAACCCCUGGGGACCGCCUGCUGUGUCCCCCAGCCCAUGAUAAGCACAGGCUCUGCGCCCUGCCCAAGGCGUUGCUAGCUGCGGCUCCUUGUGUCUGGGCCCAAGAGGACUCCUUCCCCAUCUGCCUGCGGUGCCUGCAGCCCCUUGGUCCCCUCUCUCUUCUGUUCCAGCUUCUGCCCCCAGCUCCUGCUCCCACUGCAGCACAGAUGGGGCUCCCCUGGGGCUGCGGCUGCCCCAGCCUCACCGGCCAUACCAGGGGCCUCCUGACUUCCCUCGUCACUCUGCUCCUCCUCCUCUGGCUGGGCUCAGCCCAGCUCAGAGUGGAGGGACCAGGCCAGCCUCUCACUGCCACCGUGGGGCAGGAUGUCGUGCUGCCCUGCCACUUGUCCCCUCAACGGGAUGCUCGCAGCUUGGAGGUCAGGUGGAUUCGACGCACAAUAUCUGAGACAGUGCACCACUACCUCAAUGGAGAGGACCUGUACGGGGAGCAGAUGGGGGCAUAUGCUGGGAGGACAGAGUUGGCCAGAGAUGGUCUCUCUGCUGGAAGCCUGGACUUGCGAAUCAUGGGGCUGAGACCUUCUGAUGAAGGCCAUUAUGUCUGCAUUGUGAAAGCUGCUGAUGCUUAUGACGAAGCAACGGUGGAGCUGGUGGUGUCAGCCACAGGCGCUGACCCCCACCUCUCCCUGGAGGGCUACGAGGCCGGAGGCAUCCGGGUGCUGUGUCGAUCAGCCAGCUGGUACCCGCUGCCGCAGCUGCUGUGGAGGGAUGCUCGCGGGCAGCAUCUGCCCUCGGUGUCCCAGACACAUUCCCAGGACCAGGAGGGGCUCUUUGAAAUCGAAGGUGCCGUCAUCGUGACCGGGAGCGUGGAGGGGCCCUUGUCCUGUGUGGUCAGGAGCAGCCGCCUCCAGCAGGAGUGGGAAUCGUCCCUGCACAUCACAGCUCCCUUCUUCCUCAAAGCCCAGCCCUUGAUAGUGGUUCUGGUUCUGGUCCUCGUGCUUUUGGCUGUGUCCAUUGGCCUCGGUGUUUAUCUCUUCCUUAAGAAAGGUAAGCUGGCAGCGCAGGGAUGGAGCAGAGGGAGAUGA